AAAGACGAGAGGGAAAAUCAAUCAAUUAAUCCCCACUCCUCGCGAUACCCACUCCUCGCGAUAAGCGCGGGAAUAAAGGAAGGAAGACGGAGACUGCUGCCCCCAAUGGCGACGAUGAAGAAACCUAAAGUUGAGCAAGGCGAAGAAGAAGCAGAAGCAAAUACGUUGUCAACUAAAAUCCCAGAUGAUAAAGAAGGUCUAAUUGAUUUCAUGGACCAGCGUGCCAAGUCCAUCGAAGUCCUUAAAGAUCAGCUCACAAGCCUCGAGCGCAAGCUUGCUGAAGAGAGAAAACUGAUGGCAGAUGCUGAGACCAAGUUUUUACGAGUUGAUAGCGUUGAAAGCGCAAAUUUUACCAAGGGAAAACCGAAGGUGCGUGGUAAAACCGGAAGCUUACUUGGUAUAGCUGAGUUCUGGACCGAGGGAAGUAAAGUGAAGACCACCAAUGGAACCACUAAUUCACAUCCACGUGGUGAGAAGAUGGAAUAUAAAACCUCUAGCCCACAUCCUUCUAGUGAGAUUAAACCGUUGAAAAUGCCGUCCAUUAUUUUGCCGCCUACUUUCAAAAGAAAAGCUUCUGCUGUUCCUGUUAGACCGGAAGUGAAUGAGACCGCACAAGCUAAGACCGUGGAUAGGAGUGAUUCUAAUGUCCCAGAAGAAGUGAAAAAUGGGUCUGAAGUUAAGAGGUCUCGUCCUAAUGAAGUGGUAAGAGGAACCCAAGUACAAGGCCGAGAUAACCAAACUCAAACUCAAACUCAAGCUCGAGAUAACCACACUGAUAAGGAUUUUGCAAAGGCAAGGAACAGAGUUUCUUCUAACAGUCCUGUACAAGCAGCGCAACAGGAAAAGUCUGAGUUCCAUGGACAUGAAGAGUUAAUAGCGCUUAUAGGUAGGAGCUCUCUGCGUGCCACAAUUGAAAGUCGUACCCUGUCUAUGCUACCAAGUGGCCACACCAAAAGAAUGAGAAGUCUUGCUCUUUCUCCUUCAAACCGUGAUCUUUUUGCUACAAGUGCAUUGGAUGGUGUGGUUCAUUUUUGGAAGCUUCAUUCCGAUAGGUCCUCAGCCACUCUGUUUAAGACGGUUAAUAGGGUAGAAGUAGAUCAAAAGAGAUGGGCAGAAGAUAUAGCUUGGCAUCCACACAAAAGUGCGCUUUUCUCUGUGUAUACCGCAGAUGAAGGUCACGCUCAGAUAUCAGCCUUAUACUUGAACGAAGCUCGAGAGACUUGUGAGUCAAAGUUUCUCAAGGAUAGGCCUCAUAGCAAAGGUCUUAUCAACAGAAUCAUGUUUACGCCUUGGGAUGAUCCUUGUUUCAUCACAGGAGGGUGUGACCAUGCAGUAGUAUUAUGGCGUGAACAAGGUGAGAGUAACGCAUGGAAAUCCAGGCUUCUGCAUAAAGACUUGCACACGUCAGCCGUGAUGGGAGUUGCUGGAAUGCGCCAUAACAAUCUCGUAUUGUCAUGUGGAGACGAUAGGAGAUUUGUUGGGUUUGAUACCAGAGAAGAAAAAGUCACAUUCAAGCAUAGACUGGACAACAAAUGCACAAACUUACUUCCAAACCCACGAGAUAAUAAUCUUGUUAUGCUUCAGACAAGGCAGCUAGACAGGCAACUUCGGUUGUACGAUGUAAGAUUGCCUCAGACAGAACUAUUUUCUUUUGGGUGGAAGCAAGAAAGCAGUGAAUCUCAGUCAGCUCUAAUAAACCAGUCUUGGUCUCCUGAUGGUUUACACAUCUCAUCUGGCUCUUCAGACCCGGCGAUCCACAUCUUUGAUAUCCGUUACAAUGCAGCGAGCCCGUCUCUGUCGAUCAAAGCUCAUAAGAAAAGAGUGUUCAAAGCUGAGUGGCACUCUUCUAAUCAGUUACUUGUCUCCAUCUCAUCAGAUUUAGAAAUCGGGAUCCACAAGCUAUGGUGA